AUGGCUAACCCAUCAGAAAGUACCAUCCAUUCCAAUGAGUGUACUGAUAUGCCUGAAGAUAUCAAAACUGUUCAAUUACUAGCCAAAGGACUCUUAGAACUGUAUGAACCUCCACUUGUGACCAUUAAAACUCAUUUGAAAGAAUUAACGGAUAAACAAGAUGCAGUUCAUAACAUGCUGUUAUCAGAGAGACGAAGGUUGGAAGAUCUUCAAAAUGAUGUAACUCUAGAUGCUUUAUUGGCAGAUGUCGCAACAAGCAAAGAAAAACUUAAUUCAAUAUCAAAUGCAAUGAUUACUUUACAUAAGAGAGUGCACUCCUUACAAGCCCGGGCUGCCAAUGUGGAGAAAGUGGCCAAGAGCAGAGCUAUCCAAAGUCCAUCAAAAAGUAGUUAA